AUGAACCCUCACACGACACCUAGGCCGUUCCCUAUGCGGUCCAUGGCGGGGAGCUCAAGCCAACAACCUCAGCAGCAGCAACGAACGCGACAGCCGCCGGCGCCCCAGGUAACGACAAAUGAGGAGUAUGGAGCCAUCGCUGAGGAAGACCGCGACCACGUCGAUGAAGUCUUCGACUUGAUGGACAUGAAGAAGAAGGGGUGGCUCAACAGUUACGAGUUCAAGCACUCGCUAGCAGCACUGGGGUUCGACUUGCCGAAACCCGAAUACUUUCGAGAGCUUGAGGCGUACGGCUCCGUUCCCCCCGACUGGCAAGAUCCGCAUAACUGCCCCGUAAAUCGGUUAUACAUCUAUCUCGACCAAUUCAGGUUGUGCGCCGCGAAGCUCAUUGCCAACCGUGACCCCCGAGAGGAGGCCUCCAAAGUUUUCAAUAUGUUCGACUAUGAUGGGGACGGUAUCAUAUCGUUCGAGGACAUGCGGCAUCUCGCGCAAGAUAUCAAGGACGAGCGAUCGAUGACCGACGAGGAAAUCCAAAGCAUGAUCGAACACCUCGAUCACGACGGAAAGGGCGGCGUUAACCUUGAAGAAUUCAUUCAGAUGAUGGAAGAGGCUGGCUAG